AUGGAUACGAGCAUACGAGUUAGACGAAGUGAUCAUGGGAUAUGGAGUGUCUUUCAUAGGCCGCACAACCCUCAUCCUCAUCCUCGGGUGUUAUGUUAUUUGGUCCAGAUGAAGUUAUAUGGUGUAUAUCGAUGUCGACGUAUGCAAGCAGAUUGGGCUCUUAUCACUGCAUUAGUAGAGAGAUGGCGCCAGGAGACUCACACAUUUCACCUGCGUGUAGGGGAGGUGACAGUCACCCUACAGGACGUGGCGUUGAUAUACGGACUACCGGUUGACGGACGUCCGGUCAUAGGAGUUGAUACUCAUCGUAGGACUCGUGAGUGGCAGCAGUAUUGUAUGACAUGGCUGGGAUUUGCACCGGAUUCAUCAAAGAUAAAAGGAUCGAAGUUGAGCGUCAAAGUCCUUAGUGAAUAUUUAAUCAAUAAUCCCGUUCUUGAUAAUAGUACAUAUGAGCAUCUUGUUCAUUACACUCGAGGGAUUGCUUUUCUCAUAGUAGGGGGGAUUAUGUGUCCCGAUCACACUGGCGACUCUAUUCCAUUGCUGUAUUUGAGACAUUUAGAAGAUCUUGAUGCUGUCAGUACAUAUAGUUGGGGUAGUUGUACUCUAGCAGUCCUCUACCACGAGUUGUGCAAAGCAUCGAAGAUAUCUGCAAAAGAAAUCAGUGGUCCUGUUCAAUUAUUACAGAUAUGGGCAUGGAUGCGGAUUCCUCCAUCAAGGCCCAUACCUACUCUGGCGAAAUGGGGCACAACACUUGAGUAUGCAGGAUAUGAGUUUCCCGUACCACCUUACGGUGCACGGUAA